UAACAACGUAAUAUACUUAAACAGCCCUUCCUUUCCUGUCCCUUCUUACCGUCUUAGCAACCUAAUUCUCACCCCCUCUCUUCAAUCGCCGGCGAACUGUAAGGAUUGUGCUUCCAAUCGUUGGGACUCUCGAAUUUUUGCAGCUGAAAAUACAUUCAAGAGAAGGAACGGAGGGCGCAACAAGCAGGGUGGUGGCUGCGUGAAUUUAGUCCGCUGCUCCAGCUGUGGGAAGUGUAGAGUCAAGAAUUGAUAUUCAGGGGAUGACAGUGCUGAAGAGAUAUGUGUUGAGACUGUUCAUAUCAUUGAAGUAUAUAACAGCGAAUGUGGUAGACAGAAAUAAUGGACGCAUAGUUGCAACUGCCUCAACGGUUGAACAUGCUCUAAAAAAUAAUCUUGAAUGUGGUCGUUCUUGCAAUGCAAAGGCGGCAGGUGUUGUGGGAGAAGUGCUGGCAAUGAGACUCAGAGUGGAGGGUCUUGAACAGGGCCAGGGAAGAGGAAUCCAUGUCGAUGUGAAUAAGGAAAUCGAGAAGAAAGGUUUCAAGAAUCGGACGAAGAUCUGGGCGGUUGUGAAUGCCCUGAGGAACAAUGGAGUAAAACUUAUUCUUGAUGAUGAGGACAAUGUUGCUCCUGACUCCAGCUAUACAUAUCGGCAAGGAGAGUAGUUUGUGAAUUCCAGAAAUUGACCAUUUUACUAAAUUUGAAAUCGUGCUUUGCUCGGGUAAUGACAUGUUUUCCUCUUAAUCAGAAUUGGAAAGUUUGGAUGCUAUACUGUUCCCGUGUCGAAGUGUAGAAUUGCAAAUGCAAUUUUGUGAGA